CAUUUGGGAUUCACUUACCAUUAUGUCUGGACGCGGCAAACAAGGAGGGAAGGUUCGGGCUAAGGCAAAGACCCGCUCAUCCCGGGCAGGACUCCAGUUCCCCGUCGGUCGUGUGCACAGGCUUCUCCGCAAAGGGAACUACGCCGAGAGGGUGGGCGCCGGUGCUCCCGUGUACCUGGCCGCUGUGCUGGAGUAUUUAACCGCUGAGAUCCUGGAAUUGGCCGGUAAUGCCGCCCGGGACAACAAGAAGACCCGCAUCAUCCCCCGUCACCUGCAGUUGGCCGUGCGCAAUGACGAGGAGCUGAACAAGCUGCUGGGAGGGGUGACCAUCGCCCAGGGAGGCGUCCUCCCCAACAUCCAGGCUGUGCUGCUGCCCAAGAAGACCGAGAGCAGCAAAGCGGCAAAGAGCAAGUGA